AUGGUCCUUGAGGCUCUUCAUGUGGAGGCAGCAGAUCUUCGCGCGAAAUCUGAGAAAUCAAGCCAAAGCCCCCUGCAGGUUCGUGGACAUUUACACUCUGCCAGUCUGCAGAAGUUCUUCACAAACAAGACACACAAGAAGUACUGCGAAAAUUGCGGUAAGCCGAGUGCCCUUCUUCUGGAGCGCUGCUCUUACUGCGGAGAGGCUCUCAGCGACUCGCAGAUCGCUGCGAUGGCUCGGGAUCCGCUGCUGGAGGCUGUUCUGGAUGCCGGGAGUUCAGACUUCGACGAGCUGCAUCGCUCCUUCGAGCUGUUGGUGCUGAAGCACCGCUAUCCUGUGGGCAGGGAACACCUCUUGGUGAUGCCGAAGGACACUUGCUACGACCUUCGACAGCUUCGGCGGCGCCAGGUGCCCUUCUUGAAGAAGAUGUAUCAGAAGGCAAUGGAGUGCCUGCGGACCCUAUGCAUGUUGCCUGAGGGGGCACCCGACCCACCGGUGGCCUGUGGCUUCUCGUAUCCAGCUGACUACAAUCACCUCCACCUUCACGUGGUUGCGGCGCCCUUCACUCGCUUGGAGCUAUUUGCCAGGCCCGUGUUCUAUCCGCUGGCCGAAGUGGAGGUCCAGCUGCAGAAGAAAGGAAUCGUCCGGCCACAUCCGGCACUGGAUUUAGCAGGGGAGGAGGCGCAGAGUCAGUGGAUCGCCCGGCUUGACAGCCAGGGUCGGCAGGAAUGA